CUGCAGACUGAACAGAUUCUGCUGAAAGUGCAGAAAGAAGGGAGACAGAUGAGUGGAGGAAGAGAAAGAGGAUUUAAAGAAACUUGACAGAAAAACAGGAAGAAAGAUUUCUCAACUGACUGGAGAGAAAAACAGACUGAAGGAGACUGCAGAGGAGAAAAAACUUUAACUUUAGAGAAACCGACCAAAGACUCAAACAACUCACCAAAAACUGACUGAAUAUCAACAAACUACCAGAAUAUUUAACUGAAAACUGACUAUUUAAAACUUCAACAAAGUAACUUAAUUUAACAAGGUGUGUAAAAUCAAGGAGCUGGUUGUUGCUGACAUUUAACCAGCAGGGGAAAAUACUGACUGACAAGAAAAAUAUCUUGAGAAUAUUGAGAGAACAUUGAAAGAACAUCGGGGCCUGCUGUCAUCCUGAAAAAACAUUGAAGCUCUCUGUCACACACUGAGCAACUUUAAACCUGUUGCUCACAGGAAGUCUUCAGUCCAUCAGGUCUUCAGUAGAAAAUGGCCGCCGACUCACCCAGAGACAAGUAUUUUGGCGUCUGGCUUAUCUUCUUCAUGCUCGGUUUAGGGACGCUACUGCCCUGGAACUUCUUCAUGACUGCUACCAUGUACUUCUCCAGCCGUCUGAAGGACUCCUCAUUUGUCGAUUCUUCAGCUAAUCAGACGGAGCCAGCGGGUGAGCAUCGCAGUGUUCUGGAGGCCAAAUUCAACAACGUAAUGACUCUGUGUGCAAUGCUGCCGCUACUCAUCUGCACCUGCCUAAACUCCUUCCUGCACUCACUGAUCUCUCAGCGUCUGCGUGUGAUGGGCAGUCUGCUCGUUAUCAUGUUUGUCUUCAUGGCCACUGCUGUCCUCGUCAAAGUUCCUCUGGAGCCGCUUCCAUUCUUCUCCUCUACCAUGGUGAAGAUCGUCAUCAUCAACUCCUUUGGGGCUGUCCUGCAGGGCAGUUUGUUUGGGAUGGCGGGGUUGCUGCCAGCUUCAUAUACGACCCCCAUCAUGAGUGGUCAAGGACUUGCUGGAACCUUUGCUGCCUUCGCCAUGAUCUGCGCCAUCGCAAGUGGUUCGGAACUUCAGGAUGCAGCAUUCGGUUAUUUUAUCACAGCCUGUGGUGUUAUUUUUCUAUCUGUCCUCUCCUACAUCCUGCUGCCUAAACUGGAGUUUUUCCAGUUUUAUCAAAAGAGAAACAGGAAACAGAGAUCAGAUGAGGACAAUUCUGUGAACCUGAUGAACAGAGAGAGUAAAGCCGAAGCAGCUGAUCAGAACAAAGAACAGAAUGUUUCCAUGAUGAUCAUCUUUAAGAAGAUCUGGAUGUUGGCUCUGUUGGUCUGUUUCACCUUCACCAUAACCAUCGGCACAUUUCCUGCCAUCACUGCUGACACCAAAUCCACCCUCGCUAAUGGAGGCUCCUGGGACCAGUACUUCAUCCCAGUCAGCUGUUUCCUGCUCUUUAACCUGUGUGACUGGGGUGGGCGGAGCUUAACGGCUGUCUGUAUGUGGCCAGGGAAGGACAGUCUAUUACUUCCUGUGUUCAUCGUGUGCCGUGUUGUCUUCGUCCCGCUCCUCAUGUUGUGUAACGUCCAACCUCGUGUCCAUCUGCCCAUCUUCUUCCAUCAUGACGGCUGGUUCAUCUUCUUCAUGAUCCUCUUUGCCUUCAGUAACGGAUACCUGGCCAGCCUCUGCAUGUGCUUUGGACCAAAGAAUGUUCUUCCUCAUGAAGCAGAAACAGCUGGAGCAAUCAUGGCUUUCUUUCUGUCUCUGGGGUUGGCUUUAGGAGCUGCUCUGUCCUUCAUCUUCAGAGCACUGGUUUAGCUGGAAACUGCAUCUUAACUACUGGCUCAACUGGAAACUGCAUCUUAACUACUGGUCUAAUUGGAAUACUACCUGUUAAAUACUGGAUUAACUGGUUUACAGACGGUUUGUUACUGGUCUGACUGGUAGAAAAGGUCUUAUUAAAACGUUUCUUUUCAGAGUUCGGAUUUAAAGUUGUAGCUGACUGUCCGAUAUUUUUGUAUAACUUGUAAUCAAGUUGUGCAGCUCCACAACGACAGUCAACAUUUUUUCCUGACUGUGGCACUAUAGGAAGUCUCAUCAGGAAAGUAAAUAUACAGUUUUGAUCAUGUCUGUCUGUUAAAGACUGACAUCUUGAGACCUCUGACAAAGACUGGUGGAGGAGAAAGUACACACCUGAUAUUUAUAUACAUAUCUACAGUAUACAUCUGUAAUAUUUAUAAAAAUAUAAUUAAUAUAUUAUAACAUAUGCAUAUAAUUAAAGCAGCAAGCAGCGAUGAAUGGAGCCUUGCAGUACGUGUGUAUCUGGGUGUGGUGUGGCCGGGUUACCAAGCUUGAAAAUUUCAUAUAAAUCAGAUGGUGAGCCACCAGAGAAGGCUUCUCCUUUUUUUCCCCUCAUCUUUAGAGUGCACUGACCAAACUUGAAGUUGCUCCAUUCAAUUCUCUAGGAGAAGUACAACACCUGGAAAUAGCACCGAAAUUGGACAUUAAAUUCAAAAUGGCUGACUUCCUGUUGGGUUUAGGAUAUGUGCUCUCCCUGCCUUAGGCUUCUAUGUAUACAUGUGGAGAGGCAAGGAGGUCCCAUAACAAAGCCAUACUGCAGAAUAUAACAUUCUGAAUUUGGAAAUAAAGUUUUCUUUUGACGAA